CCGUGUGUGUUAUGCGCGCGUGUGUGUAUCUGACAGCAGCGUUUCAUCUGCGCGUAAAAAGGAGCUCCGUGAAAACGAAGAGAGAAGGAAAAGUAAAUAACACUUAUAUUUUUUCACAUUUAAUGGACCGUUAAAAACAGCCUGGAUUUACAUCACGGAGCAUUUGGUGACAUCUCUGGAAGCCUGCGCAUCCUGUUGAAUUUUACAUUUGGGGGUAUCCAAAGUGGUCCAGAUGUUAAUCCACACCUAUUCGGCUAUGGACCGCGCAGACGGACUAAGCGGCUCUUCGCCGAGUGGGCGCCUCUCCCAGCUGUCCUCCCUGAACCAAGCCGCCUACUCCUCGGCUCCCCCGCUCUGCCACACUCCGGCCUCUGACUUCCAGCCUCCGUACUUCCCUCCCCCUUACCCUCAGUCCUCCCUGCCAUACUCCCAGAGCCAGGACUCAUAUUCCCACCUGUCAGACCCCUACCCCUCCAUCAACUCCAUCCAUCAGCAUCAGCAAGUGGCGUGGCACUCGCAGAGGUCGCGCUCCGACGACGGGGGAAUCCUUUCACAGUCGCACCGGGCUCUGAGCCUCGACCCCCGGCGGGAGUAUGCAGCUGUCCCUCGGCUGCUGCACGGACUCGGAGAAGGGGCUGCUGCUCUCGGGGACGGUCCUCUCGGGAUGCAGCUGGGACAUCACGGCCUGGAAGAUCUUCAGGGAAUGGAGGAAGGAUCAGCCCUGGGCAUCCUCGACCACUCUGUCAUUAAAAAAGUUCCCAUCCCGUCCAAGCUGAACGGCUCGUCCCUGUCCAUCUUGUCCCUCGGUAAGGAGGGUCUGGGUGUGGGAGCCGUGUCCAACCCGGCCGAGGUUUUCUGUUCGGUCCCUGGUCGCCUCUCGCUGCUCAGCUCCACAUCCAAGUACAAGGUGACAGUUGGGGAGGUGCAGCGGCGCCUCUCCCCGCCUGAGUGCCUCAACGCCUCCCUGCUGGGCGGAGUCCUCCGCAGGGCGAAGUCAAAGAAUGGUGGCCGCUGUCUGAGAGAGCGUCUGGAGAAGAUUGGCCUCAACCUGCCCGCUGGGCGACGCAAGGCAGCCAACGUCACUCUCCUAACAUCUCUAGUGGAGGGUGAGGCCGUCCAUCUGGCGCGGGACUUUGGUUACGUGUGUGAGACAGAGUUUCCAGCCAAAGCCACAGCUGAGUAUCUGUGCAGGCAGAGCGAGCCGGACCAGCUCCCAACACGGCGCAGCAUGCUGCUCGCCACCAAGGAGAUCUGUAAGGAGUUUGUGGACAUGAUGUCCCAGGACCGCUCUCCGCUAGGCGGCAGUCGGCCCACCCCCUGCCUGGAGCCCGGCGUCCAGGGGAGCCUCACCCACUUCAGCCUGCUCACCCACGGCUUCGGCACGCCCGCCAUCUGCGCCGCGCUCUCCGCCUUCCAGAGCUACCUGAUGGAGGCGAUCAAAAUGCUGGACAAAGGAGAGGGCGGCGGGAAGAGCCACCACGACAAGGAGAUGAAGCACCGCAAAUAG